AAGUGUUUUUAUCUUCUAAAGUGUUUUUAUUUUAUAAUUAAAAGGGGGAUGUUUUGUUUGUUGUUUUGGCCUUGGAGACCCUGAAGCUUAAAGCUUCCCUGUGCAUGUUUAUUGUGACUUGGAUUUUAUGUUGAACUAUCAAUUAAACUAUCUUUAUUUUCGACUGAAUCCAACUGCUCCAGAUAUUUUAUUUUGUGUUACAUCCAGUGCCAGUAUUUACCCUUGGUGGUCUUGGGGGGGGGUUGUAACAUAAGUGGGGGCUCGUCCGGGAUUAUUUUUGAAAAUGGCACAGUUUAAUUUGGAGGAUUUUUUAGGUAAUCUUUCCGUACAACAGUUGGAUGUUUGUAGAAAAGAUGAUUUAUUUGAAAUUGCUUCAUAUUUUGGUAUCAAUGUUUCAAAGUCUUUGCUCAAACAUGAUCUAAAAUCUCUUAUCAUUAGUAGCUUAGUUGAAAAAGGAGUUCUAUCUGUGGAAAUGGAUAAAGAGGACACCACCUGUUCUGAAUCUGCUGAUCAGCCUGAGGUCUAUGCUGAGGAGGGAGUGACGACACCACCUUUUGUUGCCAAACCAGAGGGGGAAAAACCACCAGCCUCUCUCCCACGGUUUGAGCCUUUCUCUGUUGAAUCCUCAAAUCCUAGUGUUGAGGCACGCCUAAAGGUACGUCUAGUUCGUCUAGAACUUGAAGCCAAAGAAAGGGAACGGAAGGAUGAAUUUGAGUUCCAGCUUAAAUGCAGAAGACUUGAAGCUGAAACUGCCAUUAAAAUGCGUCAGUUGGAGCUACAGUCUCAUAAACUGACUGCUGCUACUACAGAUUCUGUCGAAGAUGAAGACAAUAUCAGUAUUCCCUCAAAUAAACCUUCCUCUUCUCCAGCAGCUUUUACGUUUGACAUCAGCAAAAAUAUUGCCCUGGUCCCACCAUUUCGGGAGACGGAGGUGGAGGCAUAUUUUAAUGCAUUUGAACGUAUUGCUGUUGCCCUUCACUGGCCCACAGAUGUCUGGUCCCUUUUGUUGCAGUGCAAACUUACUGGUAAGGCACAGGAAGUGUGUGCAGCACUCACCAUUGAAGACAGUCUAGUGUAUGUCAAAGUUAAAGCUGCCAUACUCAGGGCAUAUGAGUUGGUGCCUGAGGCAUACAGGCAGCGGUUUAGAGCCUUAAGAAAAUCCUCUGCACAAACAUUUGUUGAGUUUGCAAGAGAAAAAGGAAUGUUAUUUGACAGAUGGUGCCAGGCAACUAAAACUUCUGAUUUUACUUCAUUACGUGAGUUGAUGUUAUUGGAGGAGUACAAAACCUGCCUUCCAGAUCGACGUCCUGAGGAUGAGAAGUCAGUGAGGAUACUGAGGGACACCGGUGGUUCCCAGUCGUUCAUCCUGUCCAGUUUUCUGCCAUUUAAUGCUGAUACCUCCUGUAAUGCAGAUACAAUAGUGCAAGGAAUUGGAAUGGCAUAUGUACCAGCACCUUUACAUCAUGUUCACCUAAAGUCCAAGUUGGCCUCUGGAUUCUUCAAAGUUGCGGUGAGAAACUCAUUCCCUGUUCAGGGGGUUGAAUUUAUAAUGGGUAACGAUCUUGCUGGAGGCAAGGUACUUCCUAUUCCUGAGGUGGUGGAUAAUCCCAGUUGCAUGACGGGUAAAGAUGAAAUGUUGGAAUCCCAUCCUGAUGUGUUUGCUGUCAGUGCUCUUACCAGGUCCCAAGCUUGCAAGCUGAAAGAAGUGAACUUGAAUGAUUCGGUUCUUGGCUCUGCCUUGAUGGAGGACAAGCUGCCAGCAGACGACCUUUCAGAAUCAGCACCCCUAAAGGAGGACGUCACUCAACAUGCUGAGAAGGAGGAUGUGACAGGACUGAUCCAGCUGUACCCUGCGCUUUUUGGAGAUGUGCCCUCUAGGACCUCGGUACUGGAGCAUGACAUUGACGUGGGCGAUGCGUCCCCCAUCAAACAACAUCCAUAUCGUUGUCCCCCAGUCAAGAGGGAAAUGAUGAAGACAGAGGUUCAGUAUUUAGUGGAAAAUGGCUUGGCUAUACAGAGUCCUCAAGCUUCCCUCACCUUGAAUCUGGCAAAAUGUGAGUUUGCCAAAGCAGUAGUGACCUACCUUGGAAAGGAAGUGGGCCAUGGUCAGGUACGUCCGGUGAAUGCAAAGGUGGAGGCUAUUCUAAGCUACCCAGUACCCACCACAAGACCUCCUCCUGGCUGCCACAGGUGUAAUGUGUUGGAGCUCGUCAGCCACCCCAUAAAGAGCUCCAAACCUGAGAUGUCAGAUCCCUUUUCUUUUCCUGGGCCUUGA